AUUUUGGCAACAGGGAGGCGUUUUAUCUGUUUAUUUCUGUAGUCGAAAUACCUUUGAUUGUAUCAAUAGGACUAAUGGCUAAUACUAGUCAUUCUAAUGCAACAAAGAUGUAAAUUGUAAUAAUUCCUAUUAUAAGGUACGAUUAUAAGUGAUCCACGUAAAUUACAAUAUUAUUCAAAGGGACAAAACCUCUUAAACAGAAACUGCUAUUCUGUCAAGUGUUUUUCAUUUCUGUCCAGUUGUGUGGCGUUGCAGUUUUCUUGAAAGUUAUUAUAUCGUUGAAGUGUAGGGAUGUUAAACUGACUGCAUGACACUGGAACUGCAAUGAUCACCAUGUCAGCACCAGUGAUUAUGAAUUUUGAUGACUCCCUAGAGAUGUUCAGCAGUAAAAAAUCAGACGCCACCACCAAUUCUCAAGGCUUCUCUUCAAGGAGAAUUAUCAUGACUGCAAAGAACUAUGACAAAGAAAAAGGUUUGGGUAGCAGUAAUCAGACAGCAGUUCAAGAGACUAUGCAACCAGUGUUCUUCAGUGGUAAAUCAUAUACUAAAACAACCACUUUAAAAGUUGGAAAAAUUUCUGCAAAUUAUGCUGGAACUGGUAAAACUGAUACUUUGCCACAAAUUGUGUCAACUUCUGAGAAUCAGUCAUUUCGGAUCCAAAAACUGAAUGUCUUGUCUCUGAAUACCAAACGUAGUGAAGGCUUUGAAAAAAAUGAAAACUCAGAUAAAAGAAGUUUUGGUAACCCAAGUGAAACUGGUCAUACAGAAGUGCAUGAAUUUGUCCGAUCAAUUGAAGCUCAGUUUGGUAGUGCAUGUGGAAAAGGUUCCUCUGGCAAAAGAUUAAAAGCCACAGAUUCAUGUGGAAAUAAAUCUCCCACUCCCUCGUGCAGUAAUGAGGAUAGUAACACAGUAUGGUUUUCUUGUGACAAAUGUCAUUUAGAAUUCAAUUCCCGAAAGAGUCUUGCUAAUCAUGCCAAGACUCAUCCAAAAGUAAUGGUAGAGAAAAAUACCUGUGUCUACUGUGGAGAGAAAACAGAGGACCCUAAAAGUCUCAGCAAUCACUUUUUGAAAGAACACUUAUAUGAUGUAUCAAACUUUUCCUGUGAGUCGUGUCAGGUGGAGUGCAUAAGUGCUGACUUAUUUGAUAAACACCAGUAUUCUUGCCAUCGUAAAGAAGGGACAAACAGUCUCAUAUGCCCCAUCUGUGAUAAAGUCUACUAUGACAGUGACAUUUUUGUAUACCACAAAACCCAGCAAAAGCAGUGCCAUAUUUGCUGUCUAACAUUUUGCAUGACAUCACACCAGUUUAAAGUUCAUAAGGAGAAACAUACUUUAUAUAAAUAUAAAUGUGAGCAUUGCAGUGCCUCCUUUGUUACCAAAGCAUCUUUGACAAAACAUUUAGAUAGUGAAAAUUCCUGUGCCCAAAAAUAUAAAAGUAACAGUCUCGAGUCUGUCUCUUAUAAUAGAAACUGUACUGAUAGUGUGAGUGAAACAGCCUGUGAUAGCAUUGUGGAUCCAGAUUCAAGUCAGUCAGAGACUAAUACCUGCAAUCCAGGAAGCAAUUCACAUGGCCCUGAAACUGAGAAGUGUUUACUCUGCUCAGCUGAGUUUGUCCACUUGAAGAACUUAUGGAGACAUGUAGCAGUGGUCCAUGCAACAGAGAUACAGGGUGUUGAUCUUCAACAUCUCCCAUCCGUGAAAAGUCAUUAUUGCACUAUAUGUGACAAAAAGUUUACAAGAAACUCGAGUUUGGUGUCGCACAUGGCAUCCCACAUCGAUAAAACCUUCAAUGAAAAAGAUGGGAAGCCACAAUGCAGUGUAUGUCACAAGACAUUUCAAGCUAAGAGAUAUCUCAUAGAUCAUAUGAGGUUGCACAGUGACAACCAGACUUAUGUAUGUCAGUGCUGUAAUCGUAAGUUUUUGCGAAAAAGCCAUCUCAAACUUCACAUGGAGAUCCACAACAGCGUCAAAAAAUUUUAUGCCUGUCCAUACUGUGAAAAAAGUUACAUGAAAAAGAAAGACCAGAUCCAACAUAUUCGUCAGAAGCAUAACACUCCCCCUUCUCCUAGCACAGGAAAAGAUUCCCUUGUUGUUGAAGGAUUUCCGUGCCCAACGUGCAACAAGCAUUUUGUUACAGCCUUGAAGCUGAGGAUGCACGAAAUAUCUCAUACUGUGUCAAAGCCUCCAUACACAUGUUUAGAGUGUUCCCGAACUUUUCCAUCACUUAACACACUGAAACGGCAUUAUUUGGUACACUGGGAUGUGAGGCCAUUUACUUGCUCUGUUUGUAGUCGAGCAUUUAGGCACAGCCAGAGUUUAAAGCGCCACAUGACGACACAUACUGGUGAAAAGCCCUACACAUGCAAGCUCUGUGGAAAGUCAUUCUCUCUCAAAGGGACGUUGAAUUGUCAUAUGCUCAUACAUUCCAACCACAGGGGAUUCACGUGUUACAAGUGUAAUGGUGUUUUUGUUAGCAAGCGAAAGCUGAAGCUUCAUACAUGCUGCUCUCAAUCACAAGAGGAAAACCAAGAGGAUAGUAGUUUAACAGAGAGCCAGAACAAUUCAUCUUAUACUGACCUCCAUAAUAGCAGUGUCCUUAGUGACGGAAAUGCAGAUAGUUCAGUCUCUCAUAUGAUAAACAGCACAAUAGUGAAUAAUAUUGGACAUAUGACACAUUUACUAGCUGGACAAGGAUUAAACAGUAUCAGUUCAAUGCCAGCUCACUUGAUGCCAGAUAAUGUGAGACAUAACAUUGUUUCAGUUGCAAGCGAACUGGUCUCCACCAGUAAAUUAAACAGUGGUAAUGUUGCACCAUUAUCAGAAAGCAAGAAUGGCAGUAAUACAUCUAAAAUAUCUGGCAGUCAGUCUAGUACAGGACUAACAGUUAAUAAAGGAAGUGGGAAUGUAGCUGUUUAUCAAGAUGGUAUUCACUUAGACAGAGUUCCAAAUCAGACUUCUAAUGUUAACAGUUAUCACCAAACUGAUGUGUUAUCUCAGGCAUUUGCAGUCAUGGGUGAUAAUCUCGUGCAGGAUUGUGUGAGUCUUGGCAACUGUUCAGUUCUGGAAUCAAAGCCAGGACUGAGCAUUGGGCCAGACACUACAGUAUACACAUUCGUUCGUGUUGAAGGACAAGAUCCCACACAAACAUUGAUUAGCAUUCCUACUGUGUCUGAUUCAGGGGCCGAAGAAAAUGUUACACUUCAGAUCAAUUUGUCUGAUGAUUGCCCAGAAGUUUUUAUCAUUGAAAGCUAGAGGGGUUCUGAGGUCCUGAAAAAUAAAUGUGUAAAUUUCUU